CUUCUGCCCACCGACGAACACACUCCCGGAGCUCCUCAAAAUUGGCUCCAUUUUAGAAUAGUAAGCAUUUUUUAUAUGUUCCAUUUUUAACAGAAUCCGCUCACUGAGUGAGAGGAGGUAUCCGUUCCUAUCGAUUUCAUCUUGGGUGCUCACUUUUCUCUGACCCAUCUCCAUGAACAUACAAUAUUCCCAAUUCACUAGUUUUUUUUUUUUCUCUUUUCUGGUUUUGUGCGGUAGAAACCCUAAUUUCCUGGUCUCCUGACCUACGUGCCGCGUAAAUGCUAUCAAUGUUUUCCGUGACUUUCUUUUUUUGUUCAAUGCAGAUUGCUGAGUAAUGGCGAGUUUGGUGGAAAGGCUUCGGGUUCGAUCAGAUCGUCGGCCGGUUUAUAAUUUGGACGAGUCGGAUGAUGACGCUACCCUCUUGAAAUCCAAGCCUAGAGAGGAGAUUUUCGAGAGAACUGUUCGCCCUGAUGCGAAAGAUGAUUGCUGUCAAGCUUGUGGUGAUAAAGAUGAUCUAUUGUCAUGUGAAACCUGUAAUUAUGCAUACCAUCCAAAAUGCUUACUCCCACCUCUGAAGGCUCCUUUUCCUACCAGCUGGAGGUGCCCUGAAUGUGUGAGUCCUUUAAAUGAUAUUGACAAGAUACUGGACUCUGAGAUGAGGCCCACAGUGGCAGAUGAAACAGAUGCCUCAAAGCUGGGUUCUAAACAAAUAUUUGUGAAACAGUACCUUGUCAAGUGGAAAGGAUUGUCUUAUCUCCAUUGUACAUGGGUGCCUGAAAAGGAGUUUAUCAAAGCUUACAAGACUCUGCCAAGAUUGAGAACAAAAGUUAAUAACUUCCAUCGUCAAAUCUCAACAAUGAAUAAUUCUGAGGAUGAAUAUGUUGCCAUUCGACCGGAGUGGACAACUGUUGAUCGUAUUAUUGCCUGCAGGGAUGGAGCCACCGAAAAAGAAUAUCUUGUAAAGUGGAAAGAGCUUCCUUAUGAUGAAUGCUAUUGGGAGUCUGAGUCAGAUAUUGCUUCAUUUCAACAAGAAAUUGAAAAGUUUAACAGUGUAAAAUCGCGACGUAAAAGAUCUUUAGCGAAGAAAAAGAGCAGUCCUGAUGAUGUUAUAGAAUCAAAAAGGAAACAGAAAGAGUUUCAGCAAUUUGAAAGCAGUCCCACGUUCCUUUCUGGAGGAUCUUUACAUCCUUAUCAGCUGGAAGGGUUGAACUUUCUGCGAUUUGCUUGGUCAAAACAAACGCAUGUUAUUCUUGCAGAUGAAAUGGGGCUUGGAAAAACAAUUCAAAGUAUUGCCUUCUUGGCAUCGCUAUUUGAGGAAAACGUUUGUCCACAUCUGGUUGUAGCUCCUCUUUCAACAUUAAGAAAUUGGGAACGAGAAUUUGCCACCUGGGCUCCUCAAUUGAAUGUCGUAAUGUAUGUUGGCUCAUCCCAAGCUCGUGCGGUUAUAAGAGAAUAUGAGUUUUAUUUUCCCAAAAAACUUAAGAACAAGAAGAAGAAAUCUGGUCAAAUUGUAACUGAAAGCAAACAAGACCGGAUUAAAUUUGAUGUCCUUCUUACUUCGUAUGAGAUGAUUAACUUGGACACUGUAACUCUGAAACCAAUAAAGUGGGAGUGUAUGAUUGUUGAUGAAGGACACCGCCUUAAGAACAAGGAUUCAAAGUUGUUUUCUUCGUUGAAGCAGUUCUCAAGCAGGCAUCGUGUCCUUCUGACUGGAACUCCUCUUCAGAACAAUCUAGACGAGCUGUUUAUGCUCAUGCACUUUCUUGAUGCUGGAAAGUUUGGUGGUCUGGAGGAGUUUCAGGAGGAGUUCAAGGAUAUUAAUCAGGAAGAACAGAUAUCAAGGCUCCAUAGGAUGCUUGGGCCUCAUCUACUCAGAAGAGUGAAGAAGGAUGUGAUGAAGGAGCUACCACCUAAAAAGGAGCUGAUUCUGCGCGUUGAAUUAAGUAGUAUGCAGAAGGAAUAUUACAAAGCUAUAUUGACCCGCAACUAUCAGAUACUAACACGCAAGGGUGGUGCCCAAAUUUCCCUGAUUAAUGUGGUCAUGGAACUUCGCAAACUUUGCUGCCACCCAUUCAUGUUAGAAGGAGUUGAACCAGAGGAUACUACUGAGUUUAAUAAACAGCUUCUGGAAUCUUCUGGGAAAUUGCAACUUCUGGACAAGAUGAUGGUUAAACUGAAAGAACAAGGACACAGAGUGCUGUUGUAUUCACAGUUCCAGCAUAUGUUAGAUUUGUUGGAAGAUUAUUGCAACUAUCGGAAGUGGCAGUAUGAAAGAAUUGAUGGGAAAGUCGGUGGGGCAGAAAGGCAAAUCCGAAUUGAUAGAUUCAAUGCAAAGAACUCCAACAGGUUUUGUUUUCUGCUAUCUACAAGGGCCGGAGGUUUAGGAAUCAACCUUGCUACUGCAGACACUGUAAUCAUAUACGAUAGUGACUGGAAUCCACAUGCUGAUUUGCAAGCAAUGGCCAGAGCUCAUCGUCUUGGGCAGACAAACAAGGUGAUGAUCUUCAGACUCAUUACACGAGGUACCAUUGAAGAAAGAAUGAUGCAAAUGACUAAGAAGAAAAUGGUGCUGGAACAUUUAGUUGUUGGGAGGCUAAAGGCACAAAACAUUAACCAGGAAGAACUGGAUGACAUCAUAAGAUAUGGUUCAAAAGAGCUAUUUGCCGAUGACAGUGAUGAAGCUGGAAAAUCUCGACAGAUCCAUUAUGACGAUGCUGCUAUAGACAGGUUACUGGACCGCGAACAAGUUGGUAAUGAGGAAACUGCAGUUGAUGAUGAGGAAGAAGACGGUUUUCUCAAAGCUUUUAAGGUUGCCAAUUUUGAGUACAUUGAGGAAGUUGAAGCUGGAGCAGAAGAGGAAGCACCGGGGCCUUCAUCUGAGAACAAAGCCUCCGUCAACAAUUCUGAAAGAGCAAAUUACUGGGAGGAUUUACUGAAGGACAGAUACGAAGUUCACAAAGUAGAAGAGCUGAAUUCCAUGGGAAAGGGCAAGAGAAGCCGAAAACAGAUGGUUUCUGUGGAGGAAGAUGAUCUUGCAGGCUUGGAAGAUGUAAGUUCUGAUGGGGAGGAUGACAAUUAUGAAGUUGACUUGACGGAUGGUGAGAUUGCUCCUGCUGGAGCUCCAUUAGUGAGGAGACCGUACAGGAAGAGAGCGCGCUGUAUACUUCUGCUUUGGCUGGUUUUAUUUAAUGAACUUGUCAAAGAUGUAACAUCCGCUAAUUGUGAGUCUUUUCUUCUUAUCUUUUCAGUGGAUCCAUCUGAGCCACUUCCUUUGAUGGAAGGUGAGGGGAAGUCGUUCAGAGUGCUGGGGUUCAAUCAAAACCACAGAGCUGUGUUUGUCCAAAUCCUGAUGAGAUUUGGGGUUGGAGAGUUUGAUUGGGCAGAGUUCACACCUCGUUUAAAGCAGAAAAGUUAUGAAGAGAUCAGAGAUUACGGGAUGCUUUUCUUAUCUCACAUAUCCGAAGAUAUCACAGAUUCACCAACAUUUUCCGAUGGUGUACCUAAAGAAGGACUCAGGAUAACUGACGUGCUUGUCAGAAUUGCUGUUUUACUUCUGAUACGAGAGAAAGUGAAGGCUGCAUGCAAAGAACCUUCUGUUGGCCUUUUUACGGAUGACAUUGUGUCUCGGUUUCCUGGUCUGAAGGGUGGAAGACUUUGGAAGGUUGAGCAUGAUCUGCUACUUUUGCAAGCUGUACUGAAGCACGGUUAUGGUAGAUGGCAAGCAAUAGUUGAUGACAAGGACUUGAGGAUCCAGGAGCUCAUUUGUAAAGAGCUGAAUCUUCCUUUAAUUAAACUGCCAGUCGUCGGAGCUCCUCAAGCUCACUCUGCUGCUUCCAGUGCUCCACAAACAUCUGUUACGCCUGAGGUUUCUCAAGUUAAUGUUUCAGAACCCGGAGGUCAAGAACAAAUUGGAGCAAAUCCGAAUAACGCAGAAGCGUUGCCUAAUAAUGUUGGUAAUCAAAAUUUUAAUGGAACAGGUGUUGCUCAAGGAACAUCGGAUUCCACGACCCAGUCACAGUAUUUCCAGGAUUCUUCCAUGUUGUACCAUUUUAGAGAGAUGCAGAGACGGCAGGUUGAGUUUAUCAAGAAGAGGGUCCUCCUUUUAGAGAAAGCCCUUAAUGCUGAAUAUCAAAAAGAAGUAUUUGGUGAUGAAAAAUCUAAUGAGAUGCCUAGUGAUUCGAUGGAGACCGAUUUCAGGGGAAAAGACAUGACUGCUCCUGAACUAAAUGAGUCUCUAAACCAGCUUCUCGGAUGCCUGCCAGAUAUGGAAAUCAUAUCUUCCGAAGAUAUAACUGCAGCUGCUUUUGAUAGGAGUCCUGACCGGCUACAUAUGGCCCACCUAUAUAAUGAGGUAGCAAAACUACUUUCUGAAAGGGCACGGGAUUCGGCAUAUGCUUUUGUAACCAACAACAAGGGUGCUAGUGGAACCCUGAGAGAUGAACUCCUCCCUCUUGAAGCCUGUGAUCGGGAGCUAAUUCGAAUUCUGAGGCAGACCCCAGCAGCUGGAGGAGAAGAUCAUGUGACAGCUGCUAAUAAUGCUGUUGCAGAAGAAUCAAAGUGCCUGAGACGGGGUACUCUAGCUUCGGCAGCAUGCAUUUCAGCUGAUAUAGAAAUGGAAGAGAAACAGUGUACAAAACUUAAUAAUUAUACAGAAAUGAAGUCGGAGCAAGAAGAUAUUACCGUGAAGGAGAAGCAGGAAGUUCGAAAAAGCUCAGGAUUCUGUUAA